CUCCGACGAGAAUUCAAGCUGCCACAUUGAAGAGGAACAAAAAGGCGACCUGGCAGCGGUUUCUACACUCCCUCCACUUUCUCCGGGGUAGUCACGGGAUUUCAAUGUUCAGCCUGCUCUUUGGUUUCUGUGUUGAUUUGGGCCGUACCUAUAUGGCGUGUGUGAGCGGAGAAUUUUGCCAGGCACAGCACCUCACCUCUGUGGAGAAGUGAAUCGGCCGCCCCCUGAGGGACUACGCUACCCAGAAACCCCCCUGACUGCCCAGCACACAAGGAACUGCUGACUCAUCCAAAGGCCCCCUGGGAAACUGCGUAGUCCUUGGCCCGACUGCCCUGCCCUGUCCCAACCAAUACGACAAAUCUUUGCUCUCCACUUUCUCCUUGAACAGCCAAUCACAAACAGCUCUCCUGAAUGGGCCGUCUCGCCAACAUGAACCGCCCCGCUGCAGUCGAGAUUACCUACGAAAGCAUGAGGUUCCUUAUCACCCACAACCCCACCAAUGCCACGCUCAACAAGUUCACAGAGGACCUGAAAAACAGUGAUGUGAACACACUGGUGAGAGUUUGCGAUGCCACCUACGAUAAGACUCCAGUCGAGAAGGAGGGGAUAGAGGUCCUGGACUGGCCUUUCGAUGAUGGGGCCCCUCCUCCCAACCAGAUUGUGGAAGACUGGCUCAAGCUGGUCAACAACAAGUUUCGAGAGGAACCUGGAUGCUGCAUCGCUGUGCACUGUGUGGCAGGACUUGGCCGAGCUCCAGUCCUGGUGGCCUUAGCCCUCAUUGAGUGUGGGAUGAAGUAUGAGGACGCUGUGCAGUACAUAAGGCAGAAGAGACGUGGAGCCUUCAACUCCAAACAGCUUCUUUACCUCGAGAAAUACAGACCCAAAAUGCGUCUGCGGUUCAAGGAUAACAACAGCCACAACUGCUGUGUGCAGUAGGCUUCCUGUCAGUGCAUCUUUCUUAUGUGCAUCUAGCGGGGGAAUCUUCCAACAAAGGGAGAUACACACAAAAAAAAAAUGAAGAGAGUGCUAUCAGUAAUUAUUGUGAUGAUUUGUUAACACUGAGUCAUGGUUAAUUGAUUGGAGAGCUAGCGAGUGAUCGAAUGAAUGAAUCCAGAUCUGGGGAUCCACCAGCCGAACCAAUGAAUGGAAGGUCAAAGCACACAGAUAGGCCCGCCUCCCGGUUAUACUGUACAACCACGGGCCAGAAUUUUUUCAACUUGAGUCCAUCCUGUUUCUAUUUUUUUUUUUCUUUUUUUUUUUUUUCAGUUGUAAUCAUGGGAUAACAUUUUCCAUUUUGUGAAUU